GUGCAGGAGGCGUAGGCCGCCAAAUCAGUCCGUAAAGUGGCGGGCAGUCGAGCAACAGGAAGCGGUCGCUCUUUCCCCAAACCCCACUGCCUUGUGGGAUCUCGGCAAGUCAUCCACCCAUCCCCGCGCCUAGACAAGUUUUCCGGAUCAGUCCACCCCGCCUCACUCGUACUGUGCGGAAGCUGAGAGGGCCCCGGGGUAGGCAUGGCGGCGCACCUUAAGAAGCGGGUUUAUGAGGAAUUCACGAAAGUGGUUCAGCAACAACAGGAGGAAAUUGCUACUAAGAAACUCCGACUAACAAAACCAAGUAAAUCUGCAGCACUCCACAUAGAUCUGUGUAAAGCUACCUCUCCAGCAGAUGCUUUGCAAUACCUGCUCCAAUUUGCCAGGAAGCCUGUUGAGGCAGAAAGCGUAGAGGGAGUAGUCAGGAUUCUCUUGGAACAUUAUUACAAGGAGAAUGAUCCAUCUGUGAGACUGAAAAUUGCAUCCUUGUUGGGUUUAUUAUCAAAGACAACAGGAUUUUCACCAGACUGCAUUAUGGAUGAUGCCAUUAACAUCCUGCAGAAUGAAAAGUCUCAUCAAGUCCUAGCUCAACUGCUGGAUACAUUGCUUGCAAUUGGCACUAAGCUACCAGAGAAUCAAGCUAUCCAGAUGCGAUUAGUUGAUGUGGCCUGCCAGCAUCUGACAGAUACAUCUCAUGGUGUAAGAAAUAAGUGCCUGCAGUUACUUGGCAAUCUUGGUUCUUUGGAGAAAAGCAUCACAAAAGAUGCCGAAGGCCUAGCUACCAGAGAUGUCCAGAAGAUUAUAGGGGAUUACUUCAGUGACCAAGACCCACGUGUCAGAACAGCAGCUAUAAAAGCCAUGUUGCAGCUCCAUGAAAGAGGAUUGAAAUUACACCAAACAAUUUAUAAUCAGGCCUGUAAAUUGCUCUCUGAUGACUAUGAACAAGUACGCAGUGCUGCAGUCCAGCUUAUCUGGGUUGUCAGUCAGCUCUAUCCUGAAAGCAUUGUCCCAAUCCCUUCUUCUAAUGAAGAAAUUCGCUUAGUUGAUGAUGCGUUUGGAAAAAUUUGUCACAUGGUCAGUGAUGGUUCUUGGGUGGUUCGUGUUCAGGCGGCAAAACUAUUGGGCUCUAUGGAGCAAGUCAGUUCUCAUUUCUUGGAGCAGACCCUUGACAAGAAGCUGAUGUCAGAUCUGAGGAGGAAACGUACCGCACAUGAGCGUGCCAAGGAACUUUACAGUUCAGGGGAGUUUUCCAGUGGCAGGAAGUGGGGAGAUGAUGCUCCCAAGGAAGAAGUAGAUACUGGGGCUGUGAACUUGAUUGAGUCGGGAGCUUGUGGAGCUUUUGUUCAUGGGUUGGAAGAUGAGAUGUAUGAGGUUCGUAUCGCUGCUGUGGAGGCCCUCUGCAUGUUGGCCCAGUCUUCACCCUCUUUUGCUGAGAAGUGCCUUGAUUUCCUGGUUGACAUGUUCAAUGAUGAAAUUGAAGAAGUACGUCUGCAGUCCAUACAUACCAUGAGAAAAAUCUCUAACAAUAUCACCCUCCGAGAAGAUCAGCUUGACACUGUCUUGGCUGUGCUAGAGGAUUCAUCCAGAGAUAUUCGAGAGGCUCUUCAUGAACUCUUAUGCUGUACUAAUGUUUCAACCAAAGAAGGGAUUCAUCUUGCAUUGGUGGAGCUGCUGAAAAAUUUAACCAAGUACCCUACUGAUAGGGACUCCAUAUGGAAGUGCUUGAAGUUUCUGGGAAGUCGGCAUCCAACCCUGGUGCUCCCCUUGGUGCCAGAGCUUCUGAGUACCCACCCAUUUUUUGACACAGCUGAACCAGACAUGGAUGAUCCAGCUUGUAUCCUCUCUUCAGUUUACUCACCUGGGGGACCUGAUGACCCGCUGGGUACAGGGGUGGAAGUGAGGAACUGGGAGAGUGGCAUUAUCGUUAUCCUAUGUUUGGCUUCGGGUUUUAUUUACCAUAGGGAUCUGCAAAGACUUGGAGAACUUCAGUCCGAAUUGGCAGGAGUAGCUGAUUUCUCUGCCACGUACCUUCGCUGUCAACUACUUCUUAUCAAGGCCUUGCAGGAAAAGUUGUGGAAUGUGGCAGCGCCUUUGUAUUUGAAGCAGAGUGAUUUGGCCUCAGCAGCAGCUAAACAGAUUAUGGAAGAGACCUACAAAAUGGAGUUCAUGUACAGUGGUGUGGAGAAUAAGCAGGUGGUGAUUAUACAUCACAUGAGGCUACAGGCCAAAGCUUUGCAACUUAUAGUAACAGCACGAACUACACGAGGACUUGACCCCUUAUUUGGGAUGUGUGAAAAAUUUUUACAGGAAGUGGACUUUUUUCAGAGGUAUUUCAUCACUGAUUUGCCGCACUUGCAGGACAGCUUUGUGGACAAACUUCUUGACCUUAUGCCCCGACUCAUGACAUCCAAACCUGCAGAAGUGGUCAAAAUUCUACAGACCACGCUGCGGCAGAGUGCCUUCCUGCAUCUCCCACUUCCAGAGCAGAUCCACAAAGCCUCAGCCACCAUCAUCGAGCCAGCAGGCGAGUCAGACAACCCUUUGCGGUUUACAUCCGGGUUAGUGGUGGCCCUGGAUGUUGAUGCAACCCUGGAACAUGUGCAGGACCCUCAGAACACUGUGAAGGUCCAGGUCUUAUAUCCAGAUGGCCAGGCUCAGUUGAUUCACCCCAAGCCUGCAGACUUCCGGAAUCCUGGCCCAGGGCGGCACCGACUCAUCACUCAGGUUUACCUCUCCCACACUGCUUGGACAGAGCCGUGUCAGGUAGAAGUGAGGCUGCUGCUGUCCUACAACUCCAGUGCUCGCAUUCCAAAAUGCCCCUGGAUGGAGGGUGGUGAGGUAUCGCCCCAGGUGGAAACCAGCAUCGAGGGCACCAUUCCCUUCAGCAAGCCUGUAAAAGUUUAUAUAAUGCCCAAACCUGCACGGCGCUGAGGCAAAAGCAGUCUUUCCAACCUUGGCCCAGAGGGCCAUUUCUUUGGUGUCAGAAUGAGCCAAACCUGAAGCACUUCACCUGGGAUCGAUGUGUAGGCGUAAGGAGUAUGUGACCCUUACAGUCUCAUCUGGUAUCAAACACAGGAUAAAUUGUUUUUGCAUUAAAAAAUAAAAAAAACCUUCAAGUCUACUUCCCCUCCCCGCUCCAUAAUAAAGUUGAGAAAACACCAA